CAGGCGCGUUGGAUCAGCGUGGCGCGUAUGGUUACACCUAUAAAAUGGUCCACUUGGAAACCCACUAACCCAUUCAUUCACUGACUCGUUCAUUCACUGCUAAAAAUCUGUCCUUUAUUGCGAUCUUGUGAACUUGAAAGCUAGCCAUGGCCGACGCCGAGAACAAGAAGCUCGAGGAGGGUGCCGGCGAGGGCGCCGUCGAGGCUAAGGAUCGUGGGCUGUUUGAUUUCUUGGGGAAGAACAAGGAGAAGGAGGAGGAGAAGCCUCCUCAAGUUGUAGCUCCACCGGAGGAGGUGGUGGUUGUUAGUGAACAAUUUGAGAAAAUUGAGGUUUCUGAACCUCCGCCGCCGGUUCAUAAGGUGGAGGAAGAAGAGAAGAAGCCUAGCUUGUUGCAGAAGCUCCACCGAUCCGAUAGCAGCUCUAGCUCGUCGAGCGAUGAAGAAGGAGAAGACGGGGAGAAGAAGAAGAAGAAGAAGAAGGGUUUAAAGGAGAAGUUGAAGGAAAAGCUCGGAGGAGGAGAAGAGGAGAAGAAGGAAGAAGCGGUCGCCAUCCCGGUUGAGAAGGUAGACGACGAUGCACAUCCCGAGGAAAAGAAAGGGUUUCUAGACAAGAUCAAGGAGAAGCUUCCGGGGCACGGCAAGAAGCCCGAGGAAGCUCCAUCGGCUCCGGAGGCACACUCCGGGGAGCCAGUGUCUCAUCCCGAGGAGGAGGGGAAGGAAAAGAAGGGAUUUUUGGAGAAGAUCAAGGAGAAACUCCCAGGAUACCAUGGCAAGGAGGAAGAGAAGCACAAGGAGGAAGCAGGGUCUCAUUGAAGAUGAUGGGUUAGCUCAUAAUCCAUAAUCAUUGUGGCGUGGAUUUGUUAAUGAUCUUAUCGCUUUGGUUCCUUUCUUUUGUUGUGUUUUUUCUUUUCAUGUGCAUAUGUAUGGGAUUUGCUUUAAGGUGGGGAAGGGAUGGGAUGUGUUUUUCUUUUCAUGGUAUUUAGUUCUUGUGUGUGUUCGAUAAUGUUUUUUAAAAAAAGUAUUAAUGAAGUCGUUAUUUAUUAUAUAUA